AAUGGCUGACACGUCGCCAAGUUCCAAGAUGCUACGAGAAAAACUCGCUUCUUGGGACGCUCUGGAUCAUGCCAGAGCUCCACUAUCCGAUCGACAGAGGGACAGUAUUAUGGACCUCACGACCAUGUCUUCAAAACGUCCCCUGCCCAUCGAGCUCCCUCUUGAUGAGAUCCCUGGUUUGACCACACACAUCCAGCCGAGUUUAGUGACCGGUGAUGAUGACAUCAUAGCCAAAGGACUGGCUGCCCUUAAUCUGGCACAGGAGAAAGUUGAAAAUGCCCAACAGUUCUUCUUUUGGUUUUCUGAGAUUGAAGAACGCAUUGACUGUGAAGAAGAUAUAGAAUAUAGGUCCUACCUUGGUCAGCUUGGUGAAUACCAGGGACAGUGUGACCAGAUCUUGACCGAGGUCUCCACUGCUCUCACCCAGCUCACUGGCUUGAUGAAGCAGUAUGUGUUUGUCUCAACCAAGACGAACGCGCUGCAUGAGGCAUGUGAACAUCUGAUGGCAGAACAGACCAAACUGGUGGAAACUGCAGAAUGUGUACAGAAUAAAUUAUCCUAUUUCAAUGAACUGGACAAAAUAUCAAGUCGCUUGGGAGCCCCAACCCUGACAGUGACGAGUGAUUCAUUCGUGCCAACUCUGUCCAGGAUAGACGAGUGUAUAGCCUAUCUCAAUAAAAAUUCUCACUACAAGGAGUCGAGUGUUUACCUGGCCAGAUUUCGCCAGUGUUUGUCCAAAGCUUUGAAUCUGAUUAAAAUCCAUGUGGUGAGCAUUCUUCAGAAUGCAACACAGAAUGUGCAGCCACGAAAAGAUUCUGUGAAUGCAGGAGAAAAUGCUUUUACACUUUUCUACGGCAAAUUCCGUACAAAUGCGCCGAGGGUUAAGAAUCUUAUGGAACAAAUAGAACAAAGGAUUGAUAAAAGUCCUGAAUAUAAGCAGUUACUAAGUGACUGCCACCAGUGUUAUUUUAGUCAAAGGGCAACGUUAUUGGGGCCUAGCGUCUCGGCAGCAGUUACAGAACUUGCUUCAAAACACAGCAGGGAUCAUUGUGCGCUGAUGCGCAGUGGAUGUGCUUUCAUGGUCCAUGUGUGUGAGGAUGAAUACCAGCUCUAUCACCAGUUCUUCACCCAACCAACACCACAGCUAGAUGUGAUGUUGGAAGGAUUAUGCAAUAGCCUCUAUGAUGUAUUCCGACCUCUCAUUAUCCAUGUACAGCACUUAGAGACACUCUCAGAGUUAUGCAGCAUAUUAAAAAUUGAAAUGAUGGAGGAACACGUAUGCAAUAAUCCUGAUCAACUCGGUGCCUUCGAAACCAUGUGUUCCCAGCUGCUGGAGGAUGUCCAGGAACGACUGGUCUAUCGGACGUACAUCUAUAUCAAGUCGGAUAUACUGAAUUAUAAACCAGCUGAGGGGGACCUGGCCUACCCAGAGAAACUGGAAAUGAUGGAGAGCAUCGCAGAAAGUUUGAAAAAGGGCCAUCUAUCGCGGACAAAUUCAAGUCAAUCGGAUAUUUCAUUAGCUAGUCAAGAAGUUGCAUCGAUUACUGCUGAUCUGGAUCAGGCCAGCGAGCAGCCGUACGCAUUACAGGAGAACGGCACGCAUGACUCGAGCAUCAUGACAGCUUCUGAUUCUCGUAUUGUCUCUAACAUGCCAAUGUCACCAGCAGACAUGCAUGGUAUGUGGUACCCGACUGUGCGACGGGCAUUAGUUUGUUUGUCGAAGCUUUCACGAUGUAUCGAUACAACAACAUUCCAAGGCUUAUCUCAGGAGGCGCUCUAUUUCUGUGUGCAGUCAUUAUUGGUGGCUAGUAACAGUAUCAGGAAAAGAAAGACUGUGAUAGAUGGUCAGCUCUUCCUCAUCAAACAUCUCCUUAUCCUAAGAGAACAGAUCGCUCCAUUCCAUGUUGAUUUCGCCAUCAAAGAAAAAUCAUUAGAUUUUAGCAAGUUUAAAGAUGCUGCUUAUGGUCUAAUCCAGAAGAGAGGAAGAUUGUUCAGCAUGAAUUCAACCAACUCUCUGUUGCAGUUCCUUCUCGAGCCCUUUUCUUCCACCCCUGAAAACUGGGGGGGUACGCCUCACGUGACGGAAUACCUUGUUGAUUCUAAGAAAGAUGUCGAUAAUCAUCUAAAGACGUCGUGUGAGGAGUUUAUCCAUCAUGCGACAGAGAUGUUAACAGGACCUAUGCAGCAGUUUUGUAACAAGGCGAAUGUCAUCAUCAAAAUGAACGAGGAUGAAAAUGCUCCAACAGUCGAACUCCGCAACCAGCCAUUUGCCAGUCCAGAGAAGUUACACGACGUUGUGGCAGAGACGUACAGACUGUUGAAGAACAAGGUGCCUGUGAUCUUUCGGGCGAUGGUACUGUACUUAGCCAAUAAGGACACGGAGUACAUUCUGUUUAAACCUAUCAAGGUCAACGUACAGCAGCAAUUUCAGAACUUGAACAGUCUGAUAAAGGAGAACUAUUCAGAGGAGGAUCAGCAGAUUAUCGGAUGUCCGUCGAUAGAACAAGUGAAUCUGUUGCUUUCAUCCAAAAUGUCGAAGUGACGGACAAAUGUUUGAUUUGAUGUGAAAUCACCAAGGAUGAGGAGGUGGACACAAUGUGAGUAGACUCAGCUCAAAGGACAAUGUGAAGAUGAAAAGGCUGUAAUAGACAAUAAUUAUUCUCUGCAGUUUGCGAGGUUGGGUAAAUUUGACUUGAGGAAGAUAGUCUCUCUUGAUCACAGAGAUCAAAUUGUAUAGAAACAACCCAUCUGGGACCAAAAGCACUGUCGUUAUAAGAGAGGUUGUCCACUAAGGGAGGUUCCACUGUAUCAUAGACUUGUGGUGAGAAGUGUCAUUGAUGAGGUACUGAAUCUAGCAUACUUGAUUAUCUACACUUAUGAGCUUUAAAAAGUGGUUUAAAAGGCUUUUGGUGGAGAGCUCCAGGGAAGUUGUGAUACUGAUACUGUGUUUGUCUUGGUGCCAUUGGAAAGAGUAAAAGGAUGGAGUUAAAGAGUUGUUUGGUUCAGUUCAUGAUAGGAUCAACUCUAAUCAAACAGCUUUUUCAUUGCUUAAUUUGUAAGGUAUUGUACAUUGACUGUGUCUACAGUAUUUAUUUGAAAUCUCGAUCAAGUAUCGACAAGAAUAACUGAAGACUGUAUCUUGGUAAAGGGUGUAAAUAGAAUACUGGAGUUUUUCCUACUGGAGCUGUCUUUGGUACUGGGCCUCAUGUUCUUGUUGCCUUGAAAUGUACAAUAAUCUCAACCUAUAUGAUAUGAUUCUGUUUAACAGGGAAAUUUUGAGUACAUUUGUAUGUUACAAUGUAGGUUAGUGGUCGGUUUAUGAAAAAGUGCUUCAUUCUUAUGUACUUACCAAUUGUUCUGAUACUAUCACAUGACAAAAUCUCUACAAUGAUGAUUUAUAUAAUCAUGCUCAUGUGUCUCAACCAAUCUUUAAGAUUUUCAUAGUCGGUUAAGGCCAUAGUUCCUUAUUGGCUUACCACUCCUGGUUUAACUAUCGACUUUCGUUGGCCUAUCUAUCUAAGAGAAGACUGUUAUUGUGUGGUGUUGAGAAUGAAUUCUUUAUGAAAGAAUAAAAUAUCUAUAUUGAA